GUGACGGCCGUGGUGCAAUGUCCUUUAGAUGCUCCUUGUCUACCACUGCCAACGCAGUCCCUUGUGCAAUGCUGUGCGUUAUUACGCAACAUGUUAAGUUGACGUGCAAAGCGAUGGCUUGUGGUGUGCGUUUUUUUAUGGUUCCAUAAGGCAUGUGUUGGACUCCGAAAUCUACUUUCGCAUCAAAUCAUCGCUCCAUCGCUUACCGGAAUAUUUUCCGGGUUCACUGGUAGACUGGCGUGGGCAUGACUGGGAUUAGCCACGGGCAUGGUGAGAGGCUGACGCUGCUGACGCCGCUGCUGUUGCUGACAACUCGGUCCGCAUUUGCUGAAGGGAACUCUUCUGGAAUCAUUGAUUCUGCCUGUGAUGGAAGCUUCGUACAAACAUUCGUCAAUGCCUCCUUCGUCAACGGCCAUUACUGGAAUGUCUCUGUGGAAGAUCGGUCACAAGGCCUGCACCUCCUGACGCCGCGUUUUGCCACGCAGUGCGGCUACACAUUCCACAUGAGCUACAACGGCAUGCUGACUCUGCGGGCCACCUUGAUGAGCUGCCACGUGUACCAGCAGGGCUCUGACCAAGUGCUGAAAAUGGUGUGGAUUUUUUAUCCCAAGAAUCCGCUUGAAAACAUCUCUAUUAUUCCGUACACGACCAGAUGCAGGACCAACUACAUCUGGGCUCGGCGUGAAAUCUUGUGCGCAGAAAACUUCAGGGAGGUGUCGAUCAGUAGGAGCUCUCCAAACAUCCCAGACGUUGAAAUACAGCAAGAUGAUUUCGAUAUUAGUAUGAUGAUGAAUACUGCUCAGGUUUGGAAGAUUUUCUUCAGGUUAAACAAUGGAAGCCGAUUUGAAGUCAACAUCCAGCAAGCUUUUCAAAUGGGAUACGCGGUCAACAGCUCUGACUCAAGAGUGGUUUUUCGAUCGCCAUACUUUACGAAUGAAAGCUCUUCUAUGAUGAUUGAAGGCACGAUGGUUGAUGUUAUAAGACCAUUUGUGUACUACGCGGAUAGGUGGUCGGCCUUUCUCCUUGAUAUGACGACUGCCUGCCCUGUACGAGAGCCGGAGUGCACGGAACAAGACGUCGUGUGGACUCUGCCCAGGAUCCUGCAACCGCUGGUGCUGCACUUGGCCGAGGUGGAGUACAAGGAGACGAGCGUGUGGGUCGACUUCAAGAAGGUCGACUCGACCACAAUGGGCCAGAGGGGCUACGUCCUGACGCAAACGAACGCCACCACCUCGUUGUCGGUGCCGUGGGGGGCGGAAGGGGGCUUCAACAAGAGCUGUUGGGUUAAUUGGCACUUCGGCAUGGAAUACAUAAUCAACCUGCAGAUCCAGCAUCUGUGGACUGAUGACGUCUGGGACCUCACGAGAAUUAUGAUUGCAACCAAGGGAAGCUGCCCUUGCCGAGAAAUUCGACUGCAAGAUGAUGUGUGCACAGAUUCUGGUUUUGCGAUCACGAUGGGGCUGUUUUUGAAUGGAGUCUCCAUCGUUAACUUGACGAUUGGUGCAGAGACCUUCACGGUGUGCGACCAGGAUGCAGGGGGAUUAUUGCUGCUCCAAUCGGUGCAGGCUCCGUGUCGCAGCGCCGAGGCCUUGGACUAUCAGCUUCACCAACAGCUUGUCCCGUGGAGUCCGGAUGCAUUCUAUUUGGUGCUUGAAAUCCCGUACAGUGCCAAGGUGGUGGAAAAACAGUACCUGGUGGGCACCACCACGCAUGUGUACAUGCUUGCCGUGAAACUUGUGUUGUUGGAUACGGAGGCGCAGUAUUACAUCACAACAGUCCAGCAAUCGUGCACUAGAAAUGAUGUCGUUCUUCCGGUUGCAUACGGGAUGUGCACCACGAGCAGCCUCAUCCUGGUGGUGCAGCCGGGGAGCCUGGACUCUUCCACGCUACUCUUUGUGGGAGACAUAUGGCUCUCGAACGAUGCCAUGGAGCAAAUGGGAUACACGUUUUCCCGCAAUGCCACACACUUCUCCAUCAGCAUGCCACCCGAUGCAAAGGGCCUGACAAUUGAGGAGGUGACGGUGUCCUUUGUUAAAUACAAGUUUCAAUUGAGGCUUGUGGAUGCGACUACAAAUGAAACAAAUUUCCAGCUCUCCGUUUCUUGCCAAUUUCCAACCACUGAUGUAGUAGCCUGCUUUCCGAAUGGCACGGUGGCCGUGGCUGCCCCCAAAGGCCAUACGAAGCCAGAGGUGGACCUGUGGCGACUUGCCCUGAGGGAACGCUCUUGUGGCCCGGUGUAUGUCAACACCACCAAGGCCUACUUUGUGUUCACAGUCUCGAGCUGUGGCACAUCAAGAACGAUUGAGGGGGCGUUCUUGGUUUACGAGAACGAGAUCAGUCUGCAGAAAGAGCUGCUGCCCGAGGAGAGCCCAGUGAUCACGAGGGACCCAGAGUACAGGCUGAAGGUUAUUUGCCGCUAUCGCAUCAACGACACGGUGGUGAUCUCCAGCGUUGUGCAAGCCCGUAGGGGACCCACUGCUGACGAGCAACUGGUCCCCGUGCCCAUCGUGAUGAAAAUAAGCAGAGCUGGUGGGCCCUUAAUGCUGCAACUUGACAUCAGGUUAUACAAAGAUGCUGACUACACGUCCUACUACCUGGAUGAGGAGUACCCAGUGGUGUCGUAUCUGCAAGAGCCUCUUUAUUUUGAGGUGCGCCUCCUCGGCCUAGAGGACCAGAGCAUCGAGAUGUUUCUGGAGAACUGCUGGGCAACUAACCUGCCUACUGCAGACAGCCAACCUCGGUGGGACAUCAUCGUCAACAGCUGCGAGAACGCGAACGACAACUACCUGACCGUUUUCCAUCCUGUACCCCACAACUCGAGUGUGCCCUUCCCCCAAAACGUGAAGCGGUUUGAGGUGAAGACCUUCGUUUUCGAAAUGGAUAUUGGGAAUGACUUCCAGGGCCAGCUCUUUUUCCACUGCAGUGUGGUGGUUUGUGACGCUGUGAACUUUGACGACGUCUGUCAGAUGGAUUGCAUACCCAACAGGAGAAGAGUGGCCCGCAGUGGCCCGUCCCGGGGCGUGGCCUACGGCAGGGUAUCUUCGGGUGCCGUGAGCAUUUUCCCUCCGCUGGGAGAGCCGGACAUGCGCAGCGACGAACGCCGGCAGGCGAAUGCCAUGGAGGCCCGCACGGCAACGGGGCGGUGCCUGCUUCUCCUGUGCUGCUUCCUCGCCAUCGCCGCGCUCGCGUCCGCCGCCGUCUGUGUGGCUCGACUGGCUCGCGUUCGGCACCGCUCGGUCUCGUUCUCUUGGUAAAAAUUGUCGCUUCAACAGCGGUCGAUGCGAUCCUGUCUGUACUUCAGCGAAACGGUGAAAUAAAUUGUUAUCACCCUAAA